CACUCUAAACUUCACACACACACACACACACAUAACAAGCAAAAUCUUCAACUUUCAAACACUCCCAUUUGACUAAUUAUCAAAAUGGGCAAAAACAUGAAUUUCAUCCCUUCUCUGCUUUUACUCAACAAACAAAAACAACUUUGGCUUUGGCCUUCUUCUUCUUCUUGCUCCACCAACAAUCCUAAAACUCUUUCUUUUCGAGCCACCAACAUUGACCAUCAUAAUAAAGACAACCUGUUUGUUAAUGAGCCAGAAUUAGUUGAAGUCACUACGACACAUGCUGGUACUUCUUGUUUCACUAACUCAUCAUCAGAAUCCGCCUGCAGUGUUUCAACCGAGUCAGAGGGUUCAGCCGUCGAAAACAUCGUUCGUGGGGCACGGUCUGAUAGGUUGUUUUUUGAGCCUGAUGCCACUAGCUCUAUACUUGAAACCCAAGCAGCAAGUGGUAGAAAAUGUAGUAGGUUAGAACAGAGUAAUAAUAAUAAUGGUUAUUUGCCAUAUAAAGAGAGUGUGGCUAUGGUUAUAGAGUCAGAGAAUCCGUAUUUUGACUUCAAAAAGUCCAUGGAAGAAAUGGUGGAGAUUCAUGAGCUGAAAGAUUGGAAUUCUUUGGAAGAAUUGUUGGGCUGGUUUUUGAGAAUGAAUGCCAAGGUUCAUCAUGAGUUUAUUGUUGGUGCUUUUGUUGACUUGCUUGCCGGAAUUUAUGAUGGCGGCGGUGGUCGUGGUGACGGUGCAAGUUUAGAUGAUCAUCGGUCUACUGGCUCUUUUACUUCAGUUGGCUCCACUUUCUCAUCUCCCAUUUCAUCUCCAACAUCUCAAGGAAAAAUAAUAAUGGUUACUAAAUGAUAUACGAGUAGUAUAUAUCACUACUCUGAUAGAGUAUAUUAUUAAGUUGAUUUGUUAGGUUAAUUCUCGUGUAUCAUAACUCUUAGAUAUUCUUGAUAUAAUUUUAUUAACUAGGUGUAUACCUCAUUAGCUUA